CUGUGUGCAGUUUGUGGAGAAUCUCCCAAGUUUCAGAGUAAAGUUCUGCUUUUCUUCUGAAAAUACUCUCCAGUAGAGGGCAACGAAUUCGGGCGUUUUGAUACUAUCAAGUAUUCAUUCAACCAUGGAGGGAUACAAUUGGAGUUGCAAAACAUUCUUAUUGGCUUUGCUGCUGAUUAUUCCUGUUAUCAUUCAGAUCUCAGAAGGUAGAGACCCAGGAGGAAAUGGACGACCUGGUAGACGAUGCACCUGUAGAUUUUGCACGAAUCUAAAUCGAAUAUACGAUGGUCGACAUAGAAAAACUGAUAGUAGUACUAAGUUUGACUUCGACGUUUAUAACUUCAAUAAUAAGAGCCAAAAUAAUGAUAAUGAUUCCUUUGAUGGAAGAGACCUUGAAACAAUCCGUGAAUGCCCUCAGUUCACAAUACUGUGGGGAAGCGAGACUCUUGCAAGUAAGUAAA